ACUAAAAGUACGUUGGAGGGAACGGAAGGAAUAAGGGUUAACCUUCUUUUUUUUCCCAACGGGCUUCACGGCCAUCAGCUUUCCCAUCUGCUUGAACGGAACUAGGGAUUUGAACAAGAACAGACUCUUGAAGAAACAAGGUUGACUACGACGGGGGUGUAUCUUGCUUGCUUGCCCUGCACACUUGUUGGUUUAGCCUACGCGCUCCAUGUCCUUGCGACUCCGACAACGAGCCGCUAUCGGUAUGGCUCGACGAAUGGCUUUGUUGGCUUGGGUAGCCCUGGUUUUGUCGGUGGGCAGUGUCCAUGUGAGGGCAGACCCUCAGCUGGGAAAUAUCUUUACUGAUAUCUUUGGCGGUGGUCGUGGGGCUUCUUCAUCAACAACAACGGCAACGAUUUCAUCGCCAGCGACGAUCCCGUCCGUUUCUUCGACCACUGAUCCGAUUCCGAGUUCCAUUGUGACUUCCGCAAUUCAGACCUCUGUCCCCUCAGUUUCAGUGCCCAUCUCCUCUGCUACCCCAGUCACGUCUCUUCCGCCGGUCACCCAAAUCAUUACCCGUUCCAGGGCCACUCCAACCUUGGCCGUGACUGACACAGCGACCAGUGUCGCAACCGCUACAGCUGGCGCUCAGACCGCAGAGACCAAGAGUUCGUCAACAACCAAGAUUUCCCUCUUAUCCAUCGGUAUCGUAGGCGGAGCCAUUGGAGCUGCGGUUCUUGGAAUCUAUGUCUUCCGUAAAGCAACCCUGGCACCGUCUGGUGAUUUCCGUAAGAGAAUGAUGACCCGCGAGUACGGAAAUACGCUCAGUUCUAAUGCAUCCUCCCGGCCAAUCAACUCCACUUCUGCUGGCGGGAGUGGCGAGAAAGAUCCUCGCUCAAAUUUCCUCAUGGAACUCAACCAUACUAAUGGAAGGGGACCGUCUCCUGUUCCAACUGCCUAUGCAGCGACAGAGUAUGGCGCCAGGUCGGAUUACGGCGGCCAGUACACCAUGCCUGCCACAUAUGCGACAUACCAGUCGCAUGCUGCACCAUCAGAGUAUGGUGGGUAUGCAGCGUAUCCUGGUCCGGCUGCGUACCCUCCGCCCCCAGGAUCCGACUAUGGAGGAAGUAACAGCGGAUAUCAACCACCACGCCAUUAUGGAUAUUGAUAUCGUCAGUCGGGAUAAAGGUUGACCUCUUAUGUCAUUCAUCUAUGUGAAAGAAUUAGAGCCAAGCUUUAGAGGGCACCGAGAGGUCCAGUUGGUGGUCGCACCUUUUGCAUGUAGUUUUCUGUUCUUUUGGUCUUGUUACGGCUGCGGGGGAGUUUUUAUGGACACCAUUUGUAGUAUAGUGUAGUACAGUAUUAGAAUCGCACUUUUCUUUUUUUUUUUCUUACUAGCUAGAUGGGUUUCUGAUGGCUAUCGCGAAUAAGUUAGCCCUUUUUCUUCUUCUUUCCGUCCUUCUACUCCCUUUCGCCCUAGAGUAGCUCUGGCCUAAAGUAACCCUUGCAAUACUGUACGAUGACAAUUUUUUUCAUUAAGACCGUGCAUGAUCCCAAAACAAAAACACAAUAAAAAAGCGAAUGAAAUGAAAUAAAUGCAAGCAAAUGAAAAC